AUGGGUCUCUUGUCGCUCGGGACGCCUCUUGCGUGGGAUGACGCAAAACGACAUGCAGAUCACGUUAGGAGCCAUGGAAUCACCCAGUUCUUAAACAUAUGGGACAGACUUAAGGACAGGUGCGGCGACGAACUCCUUUGGGGCGAUGAGAUCGAAUACAUGGUGGUCUCGUUCGACCAUGAGAGCAAGAACGCAAGAUUAUCGCUGAGGCAGUCCGAAAUUCUUGCAAAGCUCAAGGCUAUCACCAACGACAUCGCCUCAGACCGCGCAGACUCAGGUUCUGUCCCUACAUUCCACCCCGAGUAUGGCCGCUUCAUGCUCGAAUCUACUCCGGGUUCUCCGUACACUGGAUCCCUGACCGACCUAUUGUCAGUCGAGGGUGAUAUGCGUUAUCGACGGCGACUGGCUCGCAAAUAUCUCAAACAGGACGAAUUGCCAUUCACUUUGACCUCGUAUCCACGUCUGGGUGUCUCUGGGGUGUUCACCGAUCCGUACUUUGACCCCGAGAAUGCAGUUUCCAGUCACAGUCUCUUUCUUCCAGAAGAGAUAACAAAUCCGCACGCUCGAUUCCCUACACUCACAGCUAAUAUUCGUCGUCGGCGGGGUUCCAAAGUAGUGAUCAAUCUUCCCCUCUUCAUAGACAAGAAUACCCCACGACCAUUUGUAGAUCCUACUAUCCCGUGGCAGCGCGAGCUAUACUCUGAAGACCCAGAAGCAAAGCAGGGGGCCGCUCUGAAUGACCACAUUUACAUGGACGCCAUGGGAUUCGGGAUGGGUUGCAGUUGCCUACAAAUUACUUUUCAGUCAUGCAAUGUCACCGAAGCCAGGAGGCUAUAUGAUGCACUCGUUCCUAUUGCUCCGCUGAUGUUAGCGCUUACUGCGGCUAGUCCGUUAUGGCGCGGAUACAUUGCUGACGUUGACUGUCGUUGGGACGUAAUCUCUGCGAGUGUAGAUGACCGGACGGAAGAAGAACGGGGCUUGAAGAAUAUUCAAUCCACAAACUGGCAAACCCUGCGUUUCAAACCACCGCCCAUCAACUCUCCUAUAGGCUGGCGAGUGGAAUUCCGCUCGAUGGAAGUACAAAUCACAGAUUUUGAAAAUGCGGCGUUCUCCGUAUUCGUGGUGCUUCUAUCUCGGGCCAUUUUGAGUUCUGGGCUUAAUUUAUACAUUCCCAUAUCGAAAGUUGACGAGAACAUGUCAAGAGCGCAGAAGAGGGAUGCCGUUCAUUCCCAGAAAUUCUUCUUCCGCAAAGAUGUCUUCCCUCCAUCCGGAUCUUCUCGCUCUUCCAGCGCAUGUUCGUCGGGAUCCAGUUCGCCUGUGGAUGGUCCGGACGUUGUGCGGAGAAAAGAGAAGAAACUGCGCAACUGUUUCCCUUCAGUCCCACCACCAGAAGACGGACACCCAUCCAGGCCUGUUGAGGACGAAUAUGAAGAGAUGACGAUGGAAGAGAUUAUGUUCGGAAAGUGUCCUGGAUUCCCAGGAUUAUUUGGUCUCGUGUACGCAUACCUGGAUACCCUAGAUAUCACUGAAGAUGAGCGGUGUAAGUUGGACGAGUACUUGGAUCUUAUUAAGCAUAGGACGAACGGAUCGCUCAAAACGGCGGCGACUUGGCUCCGCGACUUCGUCCGCUCGCAUCCAUCGUAUAAAUUCGAUUCUGUAGUCAGUCAGGAAAUCAACUACGAUCUCAUGAUUGCCGUAGAUGAGCUAGAACGAGGCGUGAGGAAGGUCCCGGACUUCCUGCCCACUAAGAUAUAA